GCACCGUGUGUGUGUGUUUUUUCCCCAAACCUAAAGAACUGCAGGGGAUUGUUGCUGAAAUUCCCUCGGAUAGUGCAACCUCGUCACGUGGCUGUCCUCAGGCGGGGCAGUAAGCGGGUGGUGUGGAGCAGGCCGCGGUGCCCGUCCCUCUGCACUGCAUGGCUGCGAUGGCGCCCGCUCUCACCGACGCCCCAGCCGAAGCUCACCACAUCCGCUUCAAACUGGCUGCCCCAUCCUCGAGCCUCUCACCGGCCAGUGCAGAGAACAACGGUAACGCCAGCAACAUCCUCAUCCACAGCAGCGGCCCCGCCAAGUGCAAGCCCGCCUCCGAAGAGCGCCCCCUCGACUUCUGUGGCGGCGAGCAGGAACAGCAGCAGCAGCAGCCCCAAGCCGACUCCGUGGCUCAGGCCUCGGCCCUCGGCAAGCUCCAGCCGCUGGUGGCUUCGUACCUGUGCUCUGAUGUGACACCUGUCCCCUCAACUAAGGAGUCAAUCAAGCUGCAAGGAGUCCUCAUCAAACAGUCGGUGCUGAAGAGCCACAGGAUACUGCCCGGCGCCCUGCUCAACGGCGGCGGGGACUUCCUGCUGAGGAAGCGGCAGGCGAUCGAACUGUCUGGCGGUCACCUCAAAAGCCUCAUGAGCAGCACCAACGGAGGGGCGCCCAUGGCGCCGUCAACGGCCUGGCCAAGAAGCUGGCCACGAUGUACCGGCCCGGGCUGCGUGGUGGCGGUGAAACGGGGACAGAGCCUCCGCGCCACAGACGCUCAGACCCAGAACCGGCCGCUGGACUCGGACACUCUUGAAAACGGCACUUUGUCGGGGCACCUCCCGCUGAAAGGAAGCGUUAAACAGAAGCAUUCCUCGGGCGUUUCUCAGAACACAGACGGGGGGAAACUCGAAACUCCGGUGCUUCAGUCUGCCGGAUCGUCCCCCUUCCCCCACGGCGGACCCGACUGAACCGCAGACCUGGAGGAGGCGGAUGGACCACGCACGCCGACCGGGCAGCCUCCGGGGUCGGACAGGGAGCGAGCGGGCGGCAGCCAGCAGGGCUCGCCGUCCUGCUCCCCUCUGCCCUGCAGCUCCUCCUCCGACAGCCUCGACACUCACGUCAGAGAGCGCACGCUCCUCAACAGCAGCCGCCAAGCCGAGAUCGAGAGCCGGCUGCGGCGCCUGCGCAAGCGUCUCCAGGUGGUGCAGGCCAAGCAGGUGGAGCGGCACAUUCAGCAGCAGCUCGGCGGCUUCUUGGACUCGGCUCUCAACCGACUGCUCGCCGGGAACCGCAAGUCGGAGACGGCGACCCCGACAGCUACGUGGAGGACCGGACGCCACUCUUCCUCAAACAACAGAGACAGCCUGAGCCGCUUCCUGAAGGGCGGCGCCAUGCCCCUGGAGCUGGAGAGGCUGUAUCUGAGCGGCUCUGCCAACCUGCAUUCAGUAGAAAGCGCCUUCGACUCCGAUGUAACGGAGAGUAGCUCUGGAGGAGACUCGGACCUGGAGGAGGAGGAGCUCGCCAGGGUCGACGUGGAGCAGCGGCACGUGAAAAUAUGGAAGCGGGCGGAGAGCCGUUACACCGUGGAGAGAGCUGCUAUCAUCAGCCACUGGAACUGGCUCCAGGCCCACAUCUCGGACUUGGAGUACCGCAUCCGACAGCAGACAGACAUCUACAGACAGAUCCGCGCCAGCAAGGGCUCAGUAGAGUUGGGAGGUGUUUCCCCCCGCGCAGUGUCUGCAGGUGGGACAGAAGUGAAGACAGAGCCUGUAAACACUCAGGAUGUUGGUUCAGAGCGGCUGGAGCACACAGGCGCCGCCCACAUCACCAGCGCAGACGCCGGCCCUUGGAAAGGUCAAAACGCACAACCGGUGAACGGCGUCCUCAGCAGGAUGGCGGAGAGUGCGGACGCCAAGCACCAGCAGCCGUCGGCCCACGACAGCACAUGUGUGGCUGCGCGUACGCGACCACUAGUCGGCUGUCGACGGCGGCGGCUGAUUCAGCCCAACACGGUGCCCAACCUGAACGGCAAGGCCCAGAGAAGCAGCUGUCUCCAGUGUAACUGCAGGGUAAACCCCAGCUGUGUGAUGUGUGGUGGCUGGCCCACCCCCAGAGAGGACCCUCAGUAUGAGCUGCCCACCCUGGAGCGCCUGUCAAGACUGGAUCUUGGCGUCCACCCCAUCCUCUCCUUCCCUGACGACGUUUGUAUAGGCCUACGUCUGCAGCAGGUGAUGAAGAGCCAGUGGCAGAGCAAGUCACUGGAGAGGAGCAAACCACUGAAGAAGCUCUCCCUCAAACAUAAGCUUUCCUCGUCCAAAGAGAAGCACAAGUUCACCAACUCACUUAUGGCAGUCAGCGUUGCAGGACUGGGCCACUAUAAGAACCGUGCUGAGAAGCCAAGGACGGUGGACAGCAGCGUGGGCGGCGCCGGUGGUGUCGGCGGCGGCAGCAGUGCUGUUCUGAACGCAGGCAGGCUCGAGGGCCAGGCUGUGUGCAAGGCCGAGCGUCUGCAGGCUCUCUCCACGCCGUUAGGGCCCUUCGACAAGAACUACAGCCGCAAGAGGUUAAGAGAGCACUCGCUGGACAGGACUGACUCCUCCCCCAAACUUUUCCUGGAGUCGAGCAGCCCCUGCCCAACUCUGGCCAACAUGCACCCGUCCCUUCACAGCCCCCUCACACGCCAGCUGUCCACGUCUUCAGAGAACUCCACGCCGCUGGGCGCCAGCAGCCAGAGCAUCCCGAGCACACCUCAGCAGCCUAUCAAGAGGAGGCGGGGUGAAAGCUCCUUCGACAUCAACAACAUAGUGAUCCCCAUGUCUGUGGCGGCCACCACCAGGGUGGAGAAGCUGCAGUACAAAGAGAUUCUCACACCCAGUUGGAGAUCUGUGGACAUCUUCUGUCAGCCGAUAACUGAAGAGGAGAACGAGCGGGAGGUGGAGGACCUGACCGACGCGGCCUUCACUCAGCACCAUCAGCCCUACGAGGACCAGGAGCGCUCCCGCUGGACUUGGAUGGCUCUGGCUCCCGCUAAGAGGAGGGGCAGCAGGUCGUACAAAUCUGUGGACGGGCGGACCACGCCGUUGCUGUGCGGGACCAACCCUCCCACCCCUCAGCCUGCGUCCCCGGACCCGGGCCACUGCCCCAUGCUCCACGACUACAGCCACGUGCCGUCGCCCAUGAGUCCAGCCAGCCCCGACACCACCUCCAACCCCCACACACCCUGCUCCAGGGACUCCCAUCGGCUGCUGUCCAGCGAGGACACCAGGUGCUCCACGCCGGACUUCACCUUUGAGGAGCGGACGGUAGCGCCGUGGGAACGUCGCAGCUUCCCGUUGCCAGAGGACCCGGCCCCGGAGCCCGAGGCGGAGAGCGACCACCACAUCAGGCCCAGAAUGCGCAGCAUCUCAGGUUGCCGAGCGACAGCCUACGGACGUCUGGAUUCGGACGACGCGGAGCCGCCUUGCGAGGACGACGGCGGCCCCAAACACAGGGCCUCCACCCACCGAUGAAUGACUGACAGGCUGAGGUCCUCUCCCUCCUCCUCCCUCCCUGCCUCCCCCCACCCACAACCCACAGCUCCUCUCUGGCAUUAACAAGCAGAACCUCAAAGAGCAGAAUACGAUAUGAAAUGGGUUCCUGUUGUUUGAUAUUCAAACAUCAGUCUAAUACUUUUCACAGUUUUUAGUGAACAUUAUGGAGAUAGAAGCCUUUCCCUACACUUUGUUUUUGUCACAGGAU